ACGGGGGCAAAGUUCCACGCGGCAGGGAAAAGGCUCCGGUGGGGUCUCAGGGACAUUGAAGGGACAGUUUCUUCCAGGUGUGUCCGGACGUUGAGUGACGGCCGGUUUAGAUGGCCUUUCUCAGGCAGGGGCGCCCCCCGCCCCCCAGCAACCCAUUCCCUGGUGCCUGGGACUUGGUCACCGAGGAACUGAGGCAGGAGAGCCCAGAUAUAACUCCCUAAGUUGGCCCUUCCGGGAGCCGCCCGGACUCUGGUGCAGGAAGGGGAAGGGGCCAAAGCUGGGGGAGGGCGGGGCAGGAAGGGGGGGAACUCUGUGGUCAGGGAGCCGCUGAGCACAGCUGCGCAGUGCCAGAGCGUCCGAUCGCCGGCUCGUGGCCCUUCAGCUCCCGCCCAAGAUGGUCCCCGCGGUGGUCUUGCUCCUGCUCCUCCAGGUUGAACAAGCAGCCGCCCUGGGAGAGCCUCAGCUCUGCUAUAUCCUGGAUGCCAUUCUGUUUUUGUACGGUAUUGUCCUCACACUUCUCUACUGCCGACUUAAGAUCCAAGUGCGGAAGGCAGCCACAGCCAGUUACGAGAAAUCAGACGGCAUUUACACGGGCCUGAGCACCCGGAACCAGGAGACGUACGAGACCCUGAAGCAUGAGAAACCGUCCCAGUAACUUUAGAACAGAUGUCCCUGGCCACGUCCUUCCCCUCCUCGUUCUCUUCCUAACCCCAGUGAGUGCCAGCCGGCCUUACCUCUGAAAUGAUGCUACGUCCCCCAUUAUUGGACACUGGUGGGUCUUCCUCCCCACCAGACUUCUGCUCAGAUGCUAAUCAUUAACGUGUAUAUUCUGAUCUCACUGCCGUUCCCCACCCCUCUCUUUCCUGUCUCCCACUCCCACUCAACAAUGGAAAUAGAGUAUCACCAAUAAAGCCGUCAGAGCCUGGA